AUGUCGAAAAUAAUUCCGCGACGCCUUAGACGCCGAAGAGAUUUGUCGCAAGACGUCUAUAGUGAGGACGAAGAAGACAUUGUACUGACCAAAGGUGUCGAGCUUAGUGAUUUAUCCGAGUCGGAAGAAGGGAGUUUGGAGGACGACGACUCCGAGAAUGACGAGACUGACAGUCAAAGUGAUGCUGAAGAAGGUGAAAAGACUGCUGUGGUGGUGUUGGAAGAAACUAAUAUUAAUGGUAAUAGUAAUUCGAACGCGGAAAAGAAGAAAGAAAAAGUUAUUGUCAAUAAUAAUCGUGUUUCUAAAGUGAAAGAGAGUAAGAAAGUGUUGUCGAGUGAUGAACGUGAAGUUAAGAACGAUCGCGUGUCGUCGGCUGAAGGAAAUGUCAAAUUGUCGUUAUCUGGCGAUGAUAAAAUAGUCAAUAAAAAUGAAACGAUAAAUAUGAAAGGGAAGGAUAGUUCAAUUACAAAAGAAAGUCCAGAAUUGCCGCCGCAAACCAAUGAUUCUGAAUUAGCAUACACGGAAGAAAAAGCUCGACUAAUUAAUGAAGAAAACGAACAUGACUUUUCUGACAAUAAUUCGGCAGACGAACAGAAAAUCUAUGUGCAUCCAAAAGCUAAAAAGAAACCUAGCAUUCAAAGAAAUCAACCGAAAACCCUGUCUGAUGGUGAAAAAGAAAAAUCAUUAGCAGAAGUAGCAGAAACAGCAGAUAAUAGUACCAUUAACACAGAAAGAGCCCAAGAACAUCAAGAACAAAAUCAAAAACCGUUAACUGCCUGGCAGAAAAAAUUACAAGCUAGACAGGAAUAUCGUAAAAAAUUGGUCGAGGAUCCAGCUUUUGUUCCACAUCUUGGUGAGUUUUGGGGGCAUGAUGAUCGAUAUAUGGAUGAUGGAUUAAGAAAUGAUUUUGACAGGCGGCGUAGGAAACUGCCACUUCCGUUCUCUCAACAUGGGAAAGGAGGCUGGGGCGGUUCUCCACCGAAUGGGAGAUGGGAUCACGGCGGUUUUGAAGAAUUAAUGCGUCUAGAAGAAGAUGAGGACCGUCAACGGAGAGAAAGAUAUAACCAUCAACGUGGACGUAAUAAUAUAAAUUAUCGACAAAAUAUUCAAGGCAAUUACAACUUCAAACCAGGAGGUCGAACAGGAUAUACUCCGAAAUCGAAUGGUAAUGGGUGGGGAUCUAGUCGUGCCAAAAUUAAUAGUCAUUAUUCGGAUCAAGAGAAUGAAAAACAUGAACAUACUGCUCGACGGUAUACUGACGCUAGGAAACGAAAUUAUCAAUCUAAUGCUUUGGAACAUACCAAAGAAAAUAAUAAUAAUAACUUUCGUAAUGAUAAUUUUCAACAGGACCAUACUGUCGUUAUUGCUGAUUCGAAAAAAUCGGUAUCUGACGAUGAAAGUGUAACCAAAAAAGAAUCAAAAAAUCCAGAGUCUCAGCCAAUUGAUAAUGGAUUUAGCGAAGAUCAGGAUGAUACGCCGGAGCAUAAAUUCGAUGCAACGGAAAACACCGAUCAAAAUAAGACUUUGAAAAUCAAAAAAAGUAUCGAAGAAACUGUCAUUGCUGAUUUGGAUAAAGAAGGGCCCUCUUUUGCUGAAGCAGAAGCAGAAUCAAAUGAAGAAAAUCUUUUGUCAAUUUCUAUUAAAAGCCAAGAAAUUAUCAAAGAAGAAGUUAUUAAAGUAGAUUCUGGUAAAAAAGAAUUUUUAUUUUCUAUAAAUAAAGCUGAAAUAAUCUCUGCAUCAACCAAAGAAAAUAAUAGUAGUUUUACUGAAGGACAAGAAAUUGCCAAUGAGAAUGUGAAGUCUAAUUCCGCAUCUGCUGUCACCAUAUCUAAGGAAAAGUUAUGUUCCGAAUCUUUUAAUGGUUCAAAUGUUAAUAAUAAUUUUUCUUUGGAUCCAACUCCGAUUUCUGAAGAAACUGUUAAUGAUAAUUUUGCUCAUAUGGUGUCUUCUAUGACUGAUAAUAAAGCAGUAGUAGUGGCCGUAUCAAUUGAAGCUUCAAAUAAUGAGGUCGAAUCUCCUAUCACCAAGGAAGAAAAUCAUCAUUUAUACGAAUCUUCAGAAGAAUCAGAAGUCGAAAUAAUUCUCGAGCACCAAGGCAAUGGAAUGAACACAGAAAACUCUAAUAGUGGUCUUCAAACAGAAGCUAUAAAAGUGCGAAUAAGUUCACCCUCCAGUGACGAGCCAAUCGACUUUUCGCAUUUGAAGAACGAUUCAAUUUUCUUGACCCCAAAUGUUAUUAUUCCUGUUGAGAAAGAAGAUGACGACCCUCAAGAAAAGAAUUCUUUACAGUCUCAGCAAGCUCCUUCACAAUCUUCAAAACGAUACUCAUCACGUCGGGUAGCGGUUUCCUCCAAUGCUCAGUCAAAUUCAGACUCUACUAACCCUGGUGAGACCAAUAAUAAUAAUACGUUGUCUCCGUCUGGAACUACAUCUAAAAUGUCGUCCAGUGAAUUCUUCGCAUCAGCCAUUCAUGCAGCCCCUUUUAUGCCACGUUCCGCGAUAGUUUCUAAAGAGAAUGGUGAUGUGAACGACAAUCAAGAAGAAAAUAGCAAUUCCGAAUAUCCACACGAUGAGGCUUGGGCUCCUACUCCUACCCUUGGUGAGAACAAUGGGUUAUCACCAUUUACUGCUCACUAUUCGCCUCCACUCUAUCCCACCGACGAAAACGGGGUUGUUUUUUAUUACGAGCCUCACAUUUAUCCGCAUUAUUAUUAUUAUCCAAUGGAAGGUAAUUACAAUCCUGUUGCCUUAGAUGCAGCUGCCACAAACUCCAACAUCCCAUAUGCAGCCGGAACAUCUCGAUUCUACACAAGCGAACAAAAUACAAAGAAACAGAACCCGGCACAAAAAAUUAUCGCGGAUGAAGAUGGUCUGCCAUUACAAUCAACUUGGUCCGUUAAAUCACUCUUCCCAUUGAAAGAUGAUCAAUCAACAUCAAUUGUCAACGCGGAGCAAGUAAGGCGCCUUUUCCGAUUGUGUAACCUGAGCGAGCCUAAAAAUCCGGAACAUCUGGCUACAUUUGUCCGCGACAUCAAUCGAUUAUGUCAUUUUGUAAAACACGUUCAAGAGGUCGAUGUUACAGGUGUUCCACCUAUGCGAGGAGUUUGGCCAGAGGUAACAAAUGGAAGAGAGUUGUUGAAGUGUGCUAAAAUUACUCGAGACAAUUAUUAUGUUGUUGAAGGUCAUAAAAUAAAGUGA